AGGCUCCGGGCCCGCCAGCUCUUCCUCGGCGGCGCCGCCGAGCCAGGCUGCGGUGACCAGUGGCCCUCCCGCAACGCCGGCGAAAGCGCCUGCAGUGAAAGCGCCCGCUGUGAGCGCGCCCGUGGCGAGCAAGGCCCCUCCGGCUGCUCCGGCUGCUCCGGCGGCUCCGGCGGCUCCGGCGAGCGGCGAGGUACUUGACGGAAGGCUCGUCGGGAGCUUCGAAAUCAGUGACGAAGAGGCCGACGACGAGGAGGUCGAGGACGAAACCGCGCAACUGGGCACGGCGAGAGAGGCAGCUCCGGCGGAGUUGGUGGCAGCUCCGCGGGAGAUGAUGGCUGAGGAGGCCAGCGUGCCCUUGAUGAAGGCCACGCCCAAGGGAAAGGCCAGGCCUACGCAGUCGGCUCCGAAGGCUCCGAGUGCGAAGCAGGUGGUCCCCGUUGCCAAGCAUUACCCUGGCAAGCGGGAGCGCGUGCUGGUCCCCAUUGCCAAGCACCGACCUAAAUCUGGCAAGCAGGAGAAGAAGAAAAGGAAGAAGCAGAAGGAACAGCGGCGCCGUGGUGACCCCCGGUUUGAGCAGUUCAUGGCGCGCCAGGGGCCGAAAAUGCCUGCUUUGUUUGGCAGCUGGCAGGUCAAGCGGAAGGCCACGGAGAAGAAGGCUGCGCGGAAGGCUCCAGAGAAGGCUGCGGAGUGGCAGGCGCAGCAGGCUCCGCAGGCUGCGCAGGCUGCGGGGUGGAAGGCUGCGGAGUGGAUGGCUCCAAUGUGGAAGCCGGCUGCGGCGCACGCGGCCCUGGCGGGAGCCGCUCCCAGCCAACAGCAAAGCUGGCCCAGACAAAGUGGCUGGACCACAAACGAUGCCGGGCCGGGCCACAAAGAUUGUUUCGGCCGCGAGAUAAAGCUGAGUCAAGUGGUCGUCAACUUUGCCAACAUCGGCCACACCUACGGAAGAAAGGUCCUGAAGUUGAAUCAGGGUCCGCUCUUCGACUGGGAGGGCGUGAGGCGCUGCGUGCGCUUCCUUCACAAAGAGAUGCGAAUGCAGGUCACUGGAGUGAUCCCCGAGAACUUCACAGGUCAGGACAACCAGUUGGGAAUAGUGUCCCUGCCAAAGGACAUCUCGAACAUGUGCCAGAGCGUGGAGGAAACUCCUCGCGUGCGCGGCAGGAACCAUCUCAGCGCGGAUGAUGAGAUGACCAUCAAGUGCGCGUAUCGGCGUUCCUGCCGGUUCAUGGACAAUGACAACUACGAAGAGUGGAUCAUUCAACUUGCCGACUCCAAAGCAAGAACCUGGCUGCAAAAGCACCGGGAGUUGCUUCACAUGCGCUACUACUUCGAUGGAGGCUUGGGGACCUUCGAUGUCCUCGCGGGGAACUACCCCAUCUCCAGCCUGGCCCACAACGAGGAGGUGGACAAGAAGAACCUCAGCCGGAUGGGCCGCGGCUAGCGUGAACCUGGUUUCAUCAAAGUGAAUA